AUGGCAUCAGUGUUCGUGGAAUGUGAAACAGAGAUUUUAAUGUGCUUUUACCACGUUAUCGCAAAAGUUCAUGAGCGAACGAGGUAUCUUCUACCCGGCAAGCGUAGCCUGAUCGUGGCUGACAUAUUUGAUAUGCAUUACGCAAGAAACGCCUCGGAAUUCCAUGCUAAAAAGACGUCUGCAGUGCGGCGGUGGUUUGCGGAACCAGAUGUCGAGCAAUUUGGAGAGUAUUUUCUGCAGCAGUGGCUGACGGGAACGUUUGUGAAAUGGCAGUACUUCCGUACGCCUGUUGGUUGGGACACUACAAACAAUCCCAUGGAAACGUUCAAUGCCAAGCUGAAGAAAAACUACACUUUGCAGGAGCGAAUGCUAAUGGGGUCUUUGCUUGGUCAACUUCAAGUGUGUUGUCGAAUGGAGAGCGUGUCGGGUGCUGAAUUCCAUGAAAAAUCUACCGCUAGUAGCAGGCUUCGACGGCGCGCGACAACGUUGCGCAGACAGCGACUGCUCGUAGAGACUCCAUCCUUCGACGGCUCCAGCAAUUUUGUACUUGUCGUUUCUAAAGCUACACCUGGAAUCUACGUGAAGCCGAAGAGGAAGUCGAUGGACACUGUGGAUGUGGCUGUGCAACUUGGUGCUAAUACGGCUAGAAUGGAACGAGAUGAACAGCGGGAGGAAGGAUGGUCGGUGGAUCUAACUACUCGCACCUGGGCGUGCAAAUACUUUUUCCACAAAAGGCCAGUGGGUACAUCUUCUCUUCGCCUUCUAGACAAGGUGUGGUACUGA